UCAGCUGAGAGCACUAGCCGAGCACCAUCUUUUAGGGAGAGGGAGCUCAAACCCCCCGCUAACGGAUGAAAACAUGCCCCAUUUCACCGUCGUUCCGGUGGAGGACAACUCGCAGUCCAAAUAUGACAGUUUGGAGGGAAUAAACUGGGUGGAUUACAGGGACACGGGACAAGGCUAUCCUGGGCAUGGAGACACUGUCAGCUCAGAUGGUCACAGUAACCAUAAAGAGGACAGUCCCUUUCUCAACAGCACAGACUCGGCAUCGAAGAGAAAUGACUAUUAUGACAAGAACCUGGCCCUGUUUGAGGAAGAGCUGGACAUCCGGCCCAAAGUGUCCUCUCUCCUCAGCCGAUUGGUCAACUACACAAAUAUUACCCAGGGUGCCAAGGAACACGAGGAGGCAGAGAGUGCAGAUGCAUCUAGGAAGAAAGCCCCCAAGUCUCCCAGUAUGGGCACGUUGAUGGGUGUCUACCUGCCCUGUCUGCAGAACAUUUUUGGUGUAAUUCUUUUCCUUCGUCUCACCUGGAUCGUUGGCACAGCGGGCAUCGUCCAGUCCUUUUUAAUCGUCCUUAUGUGCUGUUCCUGCACAAUGCUCACAGCUAUAUCAAUGAGUGCCAUUGCCACAAAUGGUGUUGUUCCAGCUGGCGGGGCGUAUUUUAUGAUAUCUCGAUCCUUGGGCCCAGAGUUCGGGGGUGCAGUUGGACUCUGUUUUUAUUUGGGAACAACAUUCGCUGCUGCUAUGUAUAUCCUGGGUGCUAUAGAAAUAUUCCUGAAAUACCUUAUUCCUCAAGCGGCGAUAUUCCAUGCUGCUGAUGUACACGGAUCAGACACUGCUCUACUGAACAACAUGAGGGUGUACGGCACUCUCUGCCUCAGCCUAAUGGCGGUCGUCGUCUUUGUAGGGGUCAAAUACGUCAACAAACUUGCCUCCCUCUUCCUGGCCUGUGUUAUAAUCUCCAUUCUGUCAAUCUACGCCGGAGCCAUAAAGUCCAUUUUCCAACCUCCUGACUUUCCGAUCUGUAUGCUCGGAAACAGAACGUUAGUUCGGGACGACUAUUACAUCUGCGCAAAGACCGAAAGGAUUGGGAACGACACUGUUCCCAGUCAGCUGUGGAAGAAAUUCUGCAGCUCAGCAAAUACUAGCAGCCCACACUGCGAUGAGUAUUUUGACCAGAACAAUGUAACGGAAAUCCAGGGUAUUCCUGGAUUAGCCAGCAGCAUCAUUAGAGAGAACAUGUGGGGAGAUUACAUGGAGAAAGGGCAGAUCCUGGAGAAGCCCAGUCUGCCCUCUGUGGAUGUCCACGGCUCCAUGGAGAGUUUCGGCCUUUACGUGUCUGCGGACAUUGCGACGUCCUUCACUCUGCUCGUGGGAAUCUUCUUCCCUUCUGCCACGGGCAUCAUGGCUGGGUCCAACAGAUCUGGAGAUCUGAAAGAUGCUCAAAAGUCCAUUCCUGUUGGGACAAUCCUGGCAAUAACAACCACGUCACUUGUCUAUUUAAGUUCCGUGGUUUUGUUUGGGGCUUGCAUUGAAGGAGUUGUUUUAAGAGACAAGUUUGGGGAUGCGGUCAGAAAGAACCUGGUGGUCGGCACGUUGUCCUGGCCCUCCCCUUGGGUCAUUGUGAUUGGCUCAUUUUUCUCCACUGUGGGGGCAGGCCUCCAGUCCCUGACCGGUGCUCCUCGACUCCUACAGGCCAUUGCCAAGGACAACAUCAUCCCCUUCCUCCGUGUGUUUGGCCAUGGGAAGGUGAAUGGAGAGCCAACCUGGGCACUGUUACUGACAGGACUCAUAGCAGAACUGGGUAUUCUUAUAGCCUCACUGGACAUGGUCGCUCCUAUUCUGUCCAUGUUCUUCUUAAUGUGUUACCUGUUUGUAAAUUUGGCUUGUGCUGUACAGACUCUUCUACGCACCCCAAACUGGAGGCCAAGGUUUAGAUACUACCACUGGGCUCUGUCAUUCCUUGGAAUGAGCAUGUGCCUGGCCCUCAUGUUUAUAUCGUCCUGGUAUUAUGCCAUCGUGGCCAUGGGCAUUGCAGGAAUGAUCUACAAAUAUAUUGAAUACCAGGGAGCAGAGAAGGAGUGGGGAGAUGGAAUUCGGGGGUUGUCUCUGAGUGCUGCUCGCUACGCUCUGCUGCGUCUGGAAGUUGGGCCCCCCCACACUAAAAACUGGAGACCCCAGCUACUAGUGUUGCUGAAGCUGGAUGAGGACUUGCAUGUGAAGUAUCCCAGAAUGCUCACUUUUGCUUCUCAGCUAAAGGCAGGGAAGGGGCUGACUAUUGUAGGAUCUGUGAUUCAGGGCAACUUCCUGGACAGCUAUGGAGAGACCCAGGCCGCAGAGCAGGCCAUUAAGAACAUGAUGGAGAUUGAGAAGGUGAAGGGCUUCUGUCAGGUGGUGGUGGCGACUAAAGUGAGGGAGGGAAUCUCCCACUUGAUCCAGUCGUGCGGUCUGGGAGGCAUGAAACACAACACUGUGGUGAUGGGUUGGCCCUACGGCUGGAGACAGAGUGAAGAUCCACGCGUGUGGAAGACCUUCAUCAAUACAGUGCGCUGCACCACAGCUGCCCACCUGGCUCUGAUGGUGCCGAAGAACGUGUCGUUCUAUCCCAGCAACCACGAACGCUUCACUGACGGACACAUUGACGUGUGGUGGAUCGUCCACGACGGAGGAAUGCUCAUGCUGCUUCCGUUCCUCCUCAAACAGCACAAAGUUUGGCGUAAGUGUAAGAUGCGCAUUUUCACGGUGGCUCAGAUGGAUGAUAACAGCAUUCAGAUGAAGAAGGACCUCGCGACCUUCCUGUACCAGCUCCGUCUGGAGGCAGAGGUGGAGGUGGUGGAGAUGCACGAUAGCGAUAUAUCAGCCUACACGUACGAGAGGACACUGAUGAUGGAACAGAGGUCACAGAUGCUACGACAGAUGAGGUUGUCCAGCGCCGAGAGAGACAGAGAGGCUCAGCUGGUGAAAGACAGGCAUUCACUGGUGCGAAUGGGAAGUUUAUACUCAGAUGAGGAAGAGGAGAUAAUAGAGUCUUUGCCAGAAAAGAUCCAGAUGACAUGGACCAAGGAAAAGUGUGACGCAGAACGACGGAACAGGAACAACGCUCCAGAGAAUUUCCGAGAACUCAUGAGCAUCAAACCGGAAUGGAUUAUAGUGGAUCAGUCUAAUGUGCGACGUAUGCACACUGCCGUUAAACUGAAUGAAGUCAUUGUAAACAGAUCCCAUGAUGCACGGCUGGUGCUUCUGAACAUGCCUGGACCUCCUCGGAACUCUGAGGGUGACGAGAACUAUAUGGAAUUUCUGGAGGUUUUGACUGAGGGUCUGGAGAGAGUGCUUCUAGUCAGGGGAGGAGGCCGAGAAGUCAUCACCAUCUACUCUUGACCAAUCAAAUGUCACGGCACAGCUCGCCAAAAAAAAGACAGGCCCCCGCCCCCAGACCUGGUCAAAAAGCCGACGUGUUUAAAGAAUAUUUAAUCUAGAUUCUAUCUAGACUUAAAAUUUGAUAUUAUAUAUCUGGAGCAAUUGAUAUUUUUAUUAAGGUUUUUGAAUAUUGCAUAGCCAGAAAAUGUCAUUUUUUCCUCAGUUUUGUGAAAUACGUCCAAAUAGAAGCCAGUCCGUCGACAUUCCAUGUUGGAAGCAGUGAAAGUAAUGAAUUGUCCAAAAUGGAAAAUUAAUUCGGAUAUCUUCGGAAUCUCAUUGGAAAUGGUUUAUAGGAACAACUGAAGUCUCAGAUGCCUCUUUAAUUCUGAUUUUGCUUUCUCAGACGCAUCACUUUACUGGGGGAUUCACGUCAGGAGAGAGAUUACAAAAAGAGAUCCCUCCAUUCAUCAGAGCACAUGUCUUUAAUCUGAAUCUGCAUAACAAAUCAAUUCAAAAAUAGAGCGCACCUUUGUAAAUAUGAGCUUUGCAUGGUUUUCGGACUGAUAGGUGUCUUGCAGCUCCAGUAAACAAAUCCAUGGAAAAUAUGUUUCUUCAUCUAGUCAGUCCAAUUCUGAGUGCACAUAGAUAUGACGUGUGAACUACUGUGUCCAUGGAUGCCUUUCAGAACACCAAGUGCCAAAUGAUUUUUACACGCCCCAAAAAAAAAAAAAAAAUACCAUGGGUGAAUUUUAAGUUCAUAUUUAUUUUCGUUUUAUUUAUUGGCUCAUACUCACCCACUGAGUGAGAAAUGUAUCAGAUGAUUUAUAAUAAUGAAGGGACGAGCAGGGCCCCUUUGCUGGCUGCACCAAUGGAAAAUGUACAGGUGGAACUGAAAAGAUGUUUAGACUUACAGGACUUUUGUAAUUUAUGAGGUCUUCUUUUCUUUUCUUUUCUUUUCUUUUUUAAACUGAGUUUUAUAUUGUAUUUCUGAAUGAGAGAGUACUUUUUAAAUCUACAAAUGCGCAAUUGCUUACAAAUGUAAAGGCAAAUUCAUUCACAGUUGUCAGAAUGACGAGCAGAGAAACUGUCUUUUAAGGAAAUACUGCACACGGCAUGUUUUUUUUUUUUUAAAGUGUACAGUAAAGUCACAGGACAAGAGAGUUGUAUCUAACAUCUCAUUAGGACGAGAAUUAAAGCAUUGAUGUGAUGAAGAA